AUUUAUCAACCAAAAAAAAAAAGAAAAAAGAAGGGCCUGUUUCUAGGGUUUCUUCUUCAUCAAAUGGCCGCUCCACCUGUCAGAGCCCGAGCGGAUUACGAUUACCUCAUUAAGCUCCUCUUGAUCGGCGACAGCGGAGUGGGUAAAAGUUGCCUCCUUUUGCGUUUCUCUGAUGGUUCCUUCACCACUAGCUUUAUUACAACCAUAGGCAUUGAUUUCAAGAUAAGGACCAUAGAGCUUGAUGGCAAACGGAUCAAACUGCAAAUCUGGGAUACUGCUGGUCAGGAGCGAUUCCGUACAAUUACAACAGCUUACUACCGGGGAGCCAUGGGUAUUUUGCUGGUGUAUGACGUAACUGACGAGUCUUCUUUCAAUAACAUUAGGAAUUGGAUUCGUAACAUUGAACAGCAUGCUUCUGACAAUGUUAACAAGAUACUGGUUGGCAACAAGGCUGACAUGGAUGAAAGCAAAAGGGCUGUUCCUACAUCAAAGGGCCAAGCGCUUGCUGAUGAAUAUGGCAUCAAAUUCUUCGAGACUAGUGCAAAAACGAACUUGAAUGUGGAAGAGGUUUUCUUUUCAAUAGGAAGGGAUAUAAAGCAGAGACUUGCUGAAACUGACUCGAAAGUUGAGCCUCAAGCCAUCAGGAUCAACCAACAAGAUCAGGCAGGAGGGGCUGCUCAAGUUGCACAAAAGUCGGCUUGCUGUGGUUCUUAAACUCCUCCUUGUCAAACUUACGACAGAAGGCUACAAUCUUCGAAGCAGUGUCGAGGUGGUAGCAGUGUCGCUUGUACUGUUUCGUGCUAUCAUUAUUUUGAGCUAUACUACUCAUUUGUGUUUGAACUUUGAUACAGUGUCCUAUUUGACAAAUGAAUUUAUUCACAAGCUUUAUCCUUUUCUGUUAGCAA